AUGGCCCUCACCUCAAGUCUCGUCUUUCAGAAGACCGCCGGCCGCUUCAAACUCGAGGCAGAGGACGAAUUCAGAAGCUGCUUCGGGGAGGUGGCGGUGGUCGCUGCACGCGAAGCAGCGAAGCGGCAUCGAGACAGCAGACUUCGCCGCUUGGAGAGAUCGCAGUUGGUGGACUCAAAGGCCGACGUCUUGGACUUCUUGAAGAAGCACGGCUUCAAUUGCUGUCGCGAGGAUCUGCGCCUGAACAUGCCGAAGAAGCAUGCAUUUGGGUUUCGACGCACGUACCCGCUGCACCAAGCAGUUCAGAACCAGGACUGGCCCAUGGUGAAACUCCUGCUCCAGUUUGGGGCCGACCCGACUUGCAAGGACAGCAAAGGUCGAGACUUGGGAACCUGUAUGGCCGAGAUGAGGGCCCCCGAUUGGAUUCGAGCAGUAGUGCUUUAA